AUGCUUCGCACCUUGCUUGCCACUUCAAAGCCUUUGGCACGUACCACCGCUCGUCCCGCCAUUUACCUUGCUUCGCGCUCCUAUGUCUUCCCUGCAGGUCAACGCGAAUUCCUCAACGAGCACUUGGAAACUGAGGAUCCUGAAAUGUUCAAGAUUAUCGAGGGUGAAAAGAAACGCCAACGCGAAAGCAUCUGCUUGAUUCCUUCCGAGAACUUCACUUCUCGUGCUGUCAUGGAUGCUCUUGGAAGCGUGAUGCAAAACAAGUACUCUGAAGGUUACCCUGGUGCCAGAUACUAUGGUGGCAACGAGUUCAUUGAUAUGUCUGAGAGACUUUGCCAACAACGUGCUCUUGAAGCAUUCAACUUGGAUAGCGACAAGUGGGGUGUCAAUGUUCAAGCAUUGUCAGGUGCUCCUGCCAACCUUUACGUGUAUGGUGCCUUGAUGAAGCCACACGAUCGUUUGAUGGGUUUGGAUCUUCCCCAUGGUGGCCACUUGUCUCACGGUUACCAAACGCCAACCAAGAAGAUUUCUGCCGUCUCUUCUUACUUUGAAACCUUCCCCUACCGCCUCAACGAGAAGACUGGUCAAAUCGAUUACGACGCCCUUGAAGCUAACGCUAUCUUGUACCGCCCCAAGAUCAUCGUUGCUGGUGCUAGUGCUUAUGCCCGUAACAUUGAUUACGCUAGAAUGCGUGAAAUCGCUGACAAGACCGGUGCUUACUUGAUGUCUGAUAUGGCCCACAUUUCUGGUUUGGUUGCCGCUGGUGUGUUGCCUGGUCCAUUCGAACACUCUGACAUUGUCACCACCACCACUCACAAGUCGCUUCGUGGUCCUCGUGGUUCCAUGAUCUUCUUCCGCAAGGGUGUGCGUAAGACUGACAAGAAGGGUAACCAAAUCAUGUAUGAUCUUGAGAACCCCAUCAACCAAUCCGUUUUCCCUGGUCACCAAGGUGGUCCUCACAACCACACCAUCUCUGCUUUGGCUGUUGCUCUUAAGCAAGCCAAGAGCCCCUUGUUCAAGGAAUACCAAGAACAGGUGCUUGCUAACAACCAAGCUUUUGCCAAGGCCUUUUUGAACCUCGGCUACGACCUCGUUUCCGGUGGCACUGACAACCACUUGCUUUUGGUUAACCUUAAGCCCAAGAGCAUUGAUGGUGCUCGUGUCGAGCGUAUCCUUGAACUUGUCAACAUUGCUGCCAACAAGAACACUGUUCCUGGUGACAAGAGUGCUUUGAUCCCUGGUGGUCUUCGUAUCGGUACUCCUGCCAUGACCAGCCGUGGUCUCAAGCAGGCUGACUUUGAAAAGGUUGCCUCAUUCAUUGAUCGUGCUGUCCAAAUUGCUUUGGAAGAGAAGAGCAAGGUCCAAGGUAGCACCAAGCUUGCUGAUUUCAAGAAGCACGUUGGUGAUGGUCAACAAAUUGCUGCUAUCCAACAGCUCAAGAAGGAAGUCACCGAAUUCUCUUCGAGCUUCCCUACCGUUGGCUUUUACGAAACCGACAUGAAGUUGUAG